UUUGUCAUGUUGCACAAAAAUCUGACCAAAAAAGGAAAAAAAAAACAUAAGAAAUAAAAAAGGGUGAAGAUACUAUAUUUUGAUCUAUAUUCAGUCUGCAUAGUUCUCUUUCUGUAUGUGAAUGGCAUUUUCCAAGCCAAGUCUAGUGGAAUUGCCUUGAUUCACUGUAUAGCCUAGAAGAGCCAAGUGUAUGACAGUUGAUUGUCACAUAAUCUUGUUGUUACUGUGUAUAACAUUCUCUUGUUUCACUUGCUUCAUUCGAUAACAAUUCAUGUAAGUUUUUCCUGGCUUUUUUGAAAUCAGCCUGUUCACUUCUUAAAGAACAAUAAUAUUUCUACAUUCAUAUACCAUAAUUUAUUCAGUAAUUCCCCUAUUGAUAGGCAUUUAUUCAAUUGUCAGUAUCUUGUCUGUAUAAAAAGGGCUGCUACCAACAUUUUUUUGCAUAUAUGGGUCCUUUUCUCACUUUUAUGAUCUUUUGGGGAAUAUAGACCCAGUAGAGACACCACUGGAUCAAAGGGUAUGCAUCGUUUGAUAGCUUUGGGGGCAUAGUUCUAAAUUGCUCUCCAGAAUGGUGAGAUCAUUUCACAACUCCACCAACAAUGCAUUAAUGCCCUAGUUUUCUCACAUCCCUUCCAAUAUUAUCUUAACCUUUAAAGACCUCUAUCUUCUACCAUAAGUCUUUCCUAUUCUUCCUAUAUCUUAUCUUUGAGACUAUUUUAUAUAUAGUUACUUGCAUAUUAUCUAUCUCAUUAAAUAGUGAUCUCCUUGAGAUUAGGGACUAUUUUUUUUUUUUUUCUUUUCCUUGAUCUCUAAGAAAUAGCACAGUGCAUGACAAAUAGUAGGAACUUAGUAAUUGCUAGGUGACUGAGGAAAAAAAGCACUUUAUAUUUAGUAGAAAGAUAGGUGAUUAUGAAUAAAGAAUGGUAUAAAUAAUUUCAGAACUGAUUACUUUGCCAGUUUAGCUUGAUUUUUUUUUCUUUAUCAAAAAGUUGUAGUAGUGACAGAUUAUAUUUGGAGAUUACUGUGAUAUUUUAUAAAAAAAAAAACUAAUCAAAUUUUAAAAUUGGAUUAAAAAUUGUAGUCUAAAUAUUACACAUACAUACAGAAAUAGUAUCAUGUUAUAUGAGACUCAAGGAGAAAUCUUUAUUGAAUCCAGGAUUGUAGGGGUUUUCCCAAAGAAGCUUUUUUUGAACUAGAUUAAAUUCCACUCAAUAGAGCACUUAUUAUAUGGCUUAUGUGUGAAGGGGGACACUAGGCCACUUAAUGGAUAGAGUGCUAUGCCUGCAGUGAGGAAGACCUGAAUUCAAAUUUGACCUCAGACAUUUACUAAUUAAUUGUGUGACCCUGGACAUUUUACAUCUGUUUCCCUUAAUCUACUGGACAAGGAAAUGGCAAAUUACUCCAGUAUCUUUGUCAAGAAAACCCCAUGGAUAGUGUGGCACACUAUAGUCUGGUCAAUAAGGUCAGGAAAUUGGAAGUGACUGGACAACAAUGUGCAAGGAACUGUGCUGGGUGCUGAGAAUACAAAGACAAAUACAUUCAAAAUUCUAUAGAAGGGAGAUACUAAAGGAAUUGGAAACACAAAAAAAAAGAAUUUAGUCAAAGAAAGCAAGAAGAAAAAAAAAAGGACGGGUCAUGAUAGGAGGUACUGCUGCAGAAGAAUUCACAGAGAAGUAUAGUAUAAAUCUGGAACAGCUUCCCUCCCCCCCAAUUAUUUGUUGUUUUACUUGAUGAAAAUAACUUUAUGUUAUUUUUGGAAGGGGGGAAUAGUAAGAAGUAUGUAGUAAGUAAAUGCCUUAAUUUGAAAACCAUUAUAACUUCUGUUGAAAUGAAACAAUAUUCUAAGUGUGUUUUACUUGCAUUCUCUUCAUAGAAUGUAUUACAAUUCUCAACUUUCUGAAACAUGUUAUAAAUAAAGCAAUUAGAACUGAUUGGCUAAGAAAUAAAUGACUAGGCAGAGCAAACUGAUAUGGUAAAGUAUUAUUUGUAAAUCAAGUGGCUAUGAAUUUUGAAAUUGGCUGCGUGGCUAAAAGUAGCCUACAAUGGAAACUGAGCAAAGGGGUAAUAAAUGCAUGAGCAUCUGUGCAUCACCAUUCUUUAAUAUAUAGAAUAUUGAUCUGAUUAGUAUGAAGUACUAAGAUUCAAAUCUAUGCAAUGAUUUUGCCUAUUCCUUCUGUAUGGAAUCAUAUUGCCAUAUGAUGUAGUUAUAAUUAAAACAUGUAGUUGUAAUUGAAAUAAUAAUGCAGAAUAACAUCCCAAUAUCUUCCUGUAGCUAUAUUUUAAAUGCAAAUAACUUAAAAUAAAUAAAAUUGUGAAUUGAUGCAGCAUCCCUAUUCAUAACAGACAUUUAAUAUUCUGCUCAUUUACAUUCAUUCAAAAACUUCACCACACUUUUCACAACUUUAUGCUUUAUAAUUUUGCAGUUUAAUAACUUAUGUUUUUAUAUCAUUUUAUGAUUACAAGGUGUUUUAUAAAUAUUAUCUCAUUUUAUCCUUAUAAUAAUCCUAUGAAGAAAGCUUUCUUUGGAGAUAUUAGGACCCCUAUUUUACAUAUGAGAAAACUGAAGCUUAGAGAUGUUAUUUUCUAAACUAUAAAUGGCAUGUAAGAUUUACAGUUCACCUUCACUUUGCAAUAAAAAUUGUUCCUGAAAGUUCAGUCCUGAGCUUCAAAGAGAGAUAAGGUAACUGAUAAUAUCCUGAAUUUUCAGUUAUCCUAGUACAACACAAUUUUCAUUUACAAGUCUUAAUUUGGCAUCAUUACUACUUAAAUAUCUGAGUACUGUUUUACCCUACACAAAUACCAAUUUAUUGAAAGUAACUUCAGAUAAAUAUUUCAAAAUAGACCUGAAUCUUGGUAGUGAAAGAACAGUCUCUACACAUGCACAGAUUGCUCUCCUUUAAUAAAGUCCUUAUACUAUUGAAAUUUUUGUCUUGGACAAAGACUUCCAUCACUUAGCGUUGAGCUCUCUUAAGUUUUCUUUUUCCCCACUCUUUUAACCCAGUAUUUGGUAAUCAAUCCCCUGCUUAUUUCUAUCUACUGAGUUCUCCGGAAUAGUUAAUCAUUAUUCAUUAAUUCCCGGGGCGGGGCCGGGGGUGGGGGUGAAUCAGAUGUUCACUGUUUAUUGCGCUUCUUAGGGGGAAGUUUUUCUGUCAUUUUCUACGCGUGUCCCUAACACUCACGAAACACUCGUGUCCUCUGGGACCAACCGCCCGCAUGCCUAGCUCAGAGAAGCUCUUCCGCUCUCGGCCAGUUGGGGGCAGCAACAGGCUCUGAAGCUUCCAAUAUUACUCUACUUAAAAUAGCUGGAGCGUCUUUUGGCACCCAGUCCAAUUCUAGGGGCAGUCUCCAGUACUUGACAAUGUGAAUAGUCACCCAGACUCUUAUCAGGGCACUUUUGUGAGGCUGCGGCUUUUUAGUGCCAAUGCCUGGAUCAUUUUUUUAAGUGACAACAGAAGCCUGUUUCAAAAAAAAAAAAAAAAAAAAAAAAAAAAAAAAAAAAAGCAGUAACUCAAUCUACCCAUUUCCCGCCUCCCAAAAGCGUUGUGUCUCCCCCCCUACUCCCAUCCUCUUUGACACUCACUUGCAACCAGCCCCAGAAGUGAUCCCUUCCCCAGUUACUCCCGUCUCCCACUCACGAAAAAGAAUGGAGUCAGCACCACAGGCACAGAGCUGGGGUAGCAAUACUGACGGUGGCUUGCUGCUUCUCUUUCUUCACCUUCUUAGGCCGGUGGUUGCACCAGAAAGGACCAGUUUGAUAUAACUGAGCAGUUGAGAUGCUGGUGCGGCACCUUUUUUUCCAUCCAUGGAUCCCUUUGCCUAGCUUCCCUCCCCAUCCCUUUUACCCACCCCACUCCGGAGGGCAUAGACACACAAGCCACGCGCAUGUUGUGCUCCAGGCUGGACUGCGGGAACACGACCAAGAUAGAGCCUCCACACGGACAGACUGACAUGCUUCCUGGGUUCCUUUCUCCCCGCUGCUGCUGCUGCCGACACCAGCAUCAGCACCAACACCAUCGUCGCCUCCAUCUCCUCCCUUUCCCCUCCUGCAUUGUGACUGGCACUCGCAGCACCCGCAGCACCCGCAGCAGUAGCAGCAACAGCACACCACCAGCCCUGAGAAGUUGACGCCUUUGAAGAGGGGAGGGGGAAAAUCAAGGGGUGGCAAGGCACGGGGUGGGUUAAGAGAUUUGUUGUCAGUUAGGGAUUAACACGUCUGAGGGCGGGUGGUGUAAGGAAAGGGGGGGGGCGGUGCUGGAAGUCAGCGGGGGAGGGGGGUGACGGGGACGGUAAGAAGCCUGAGCUGGAAAGAGCAUCACUGUGUUAGCAUCAGCUGCUGACGCCCGGCCGGGACACAGGAGCCCGGACGCCUCCGCCCCCGGCGCCCUAUCCCUCCCCCUUCUCCUAAAUCCUCUUCCUCCUCCUCCCCACCGCCACUCCGCACCUCCUGCAGGCAGCUUCGCAGCAUCACCACCUUAGAGAGUGGCAGUGCUGGGUAGGCAUCAUCCCGUGCGUUCCCCCCGCCUUCAGGGCGCCCCGCGCGCUGCACUCUCCCGGCUCUGACUGCAGCCCCGUGAGGUGUUUGGAGAGGGAGCCCGGGCUGCAGCGCUGGCACUUUGAGUGGGUGUGGGGUCAGGAGGAGGAGGGAGGGAGGGGGUGAAACUUUGGAGACCAGAUGACUGUGGGUUCCUCAGUGCUGCGUGAAGGCUCUUGCUGCUCCUGCUCCUGUUCUUGCUCCUGGCACCUGGCGCAUUUCCCCCGCAGGCGCAGCCCGAGGAGCGCUGUUUGCACUGAGGGAGUGAAGGUAUGUGUUGCUGGAGCGGCUGCUGCUGCUGCCACCGCCGCUGUUGUCACUGCUGCUGCCACUGUUGCUGCCGCUGCUGCCGCCGCCGCUGCUGCUGCUGCUGACACGGAGCCGCUCCAGCAGGUCCUAAUGCCUGUCACUUCCCAGGACGUUGGCAGCAGCAGACAGGAGCCCCUGAGCCCUCCGCAGGUUUGCCUGUCCUUCCCCGCGAUCUGAUUGGAUAAAGUGGGGGCUCGACGGUGGCCGACGUGGGACAGUCUGGCUGUGGCAGGGGUCUUGGAAACCAUGGGUUAUUGCAGUGGCAGGUGCACGCUUAUCUUUAUCUGUGGCAUGCAACUGGUUUGUGUGCUGGAGAGGCAAAUAUUUGAUUUCCUUGGAUACCAGUGGGCACCUAUCCUGGCAAAUUUUGUCCAUAUUAUCAUUGUCAUUCUGGGUUUAUUUGGAACUAUUCAAUAUAGACCUCGCUACAUAACAGGAUAUGCUAUCUGGCUAGUCCUCUGGGUUACAUGGAAUGUGUUUGUUAUCUGCUUCUACUUGGAGGCUGGGGACCUCUCAAAGGAAACAGAUCUGAUUCUGACUUUUAAUAUCUCAAUGCACCGUUCUUGGUGGAUGGAGAAUGGCCCAGGAUGUACUGUGACAUCAGUGACUCCAGCCCCCGACUGGGCCCCAGAGGACCAUCGCUAUAUCACGGUCUCAGGGUGUUUGCUUGAAUACCAGUACAUAGAAGUGGCACACAGUUCUCUUCAGAUCAUCCUUGCAUUGGCAGGGUUCAUCUACGCCUGUUAUGUUGUGAAAUGUAUUACUGAAGAAGAGGACAGCUUUGAUUUCAUAGGUGGAUUCGACUCUUAUGGCUAUCAAGGCCCACAGAAGACAUCUCAUUUACAACUACAGCCCAUGUACAUGUCCAAGUAAGCAAUGUGACUUCAGUGUGUCAGCUCAAGGACCUUUCAAAGAACUUGUUUCACAAUGGCCUCCUGUGUUUUACAAAGAGCAAGAAGCAACUUAUCUGUGUUUAAAAAAAUAAAAAAUAACCACCCCCAAACAUAAGCUGAGACACAAAAAUAACUAGUUCUACUUGGCCUCUUCUUCCUAACAAACACAGACAGAUGCCCAGGAGACCCCGUCUUGGAUUUCCUGCCAGGCCUUUGGAAGGUCCAAAAGGAGAAGUGUUGGUGACCCCUGCUGCCCAUUCUUUCCCUUUACCUUCUGCAUUCCUACUAAUGGGAGAGCCUGAAUUAUGGUGUCAUCCAAUUGAGAAUCAUCCGACAGCCCUCCACUCACCUGAUAGCACCAAGUCUCCUUAGUGUAAUUACAAAAUAAUAACAGUAAUAAUAAUAAUAAUAAAAUAAUACCAUGAUGACCUUGUAACUGAAGUCUAUACAGACGGCAGGUUGUUUGCCCUAAAGGCUGUACAGUACAUACUUGCCUUAACCCAUCUAAGUUGUACACACCAGAGAAACUCAGUGCAGGCUCUCUGAAGUAGCUUCCUUCAGGCUGCUGUUCAUUCUGGGGAAAACAAACCAAGUUUUAAGUCAGCGUGUUUCAUGUCAGGGAACAAGACUGCCUAGUUUCAGUAGCUCCAGAGCUUCUGUGGGAUAAACUGCCAGCUGUCAGUGAAGUGCUUUACUAUUGAGCCGACACAGUGGCCAAAAAGUAAUGAUAACAAUAAUAAUCUUGACAAUAACCUUUAUAAUACUAAAUAAGGUCGUGGGGAAGGGACAUGAUGAGGGGGGAGGGGGUUGGGAAACACAAAGCAAAACUCAUUAAACUACUAACCUUCCUGGAAACAGCUUCGUUAACCCCAUUAUUUUUAUUUAGUGCACUCUAGGUGCUUUUCUAAGUAACUUCCAAUAUGUCUUUUACUAACUCCAGAAACAUCUGCAGAUUUCUAUCAACAGAGGCCAACUGAAUAUGUAUUAGCUAUGUUUACUCUUUUAUAUCUAAUUCAAAUGGAAGAUCUGAUGUAAGUGAACCUUUUUUUUCUAACUUCCGCAUAUGAGAUUAUUUUUUGUGGGUGGGGGGUGGGGAGGGGAAAUAGUUACCUUGGUGAAAUAUUUGAGAUCUCUUUGUGGUAAUUGGGGGAUCUGUUGUGUGUUAGAGUGUGUAUUUUAAUCUUCCUGUAUUAUUGUGGCUGAAAAAAAACUGUGCUGUUAUGUAGUUGGCAACAAGAUGCCUUUGGGAACUUAAUAGUAGGUCAAUGUGUUUAUGGAAUACUCUGAACUCCUAGGAAAUUUUGUUUUGUUUUGAAUUUGAGCUGUAUUUUUCAGGCACUAUGUGGCUUUCAUUAGCGGUAAACAUAUUUGUUCAGGCUUUUCAGGAACUUGGAUUGGCCUUGUUUCUUUUCUUGGAAACACCUUGGAACACUUCAGAAAAUGGGGGAGGAAAUAAUGCCCUCCCAUCACCUGUAAAGGACAAGUAAAAUCCAAGUUUAGAACAGCUUAAGUUAGCAAAGAAUCACUUUUUUUUUCUAUUUCUUACUCCUUGGUGGAGGUUCUGAGAUUACUUGUAUGGAACCUGAGCCUGCCCAUAUCUACAGAACCAAGUCCUGUUUACUGUGUUUGCAUGGAUAUCUGUAUCACACACAAAAAAAUAUAUAUUAUAUAUUUAUUUUAAAAAUUGUCUAGAAAACAGAGGAACAAAAGUCCUCCAUUGGAAAGUAAGCUACAAAGACAGGUUCCAGGAAUUAUACUUGCAUUUUUUUCCAGUGGCUUAUACAUGUGUGUCUAUAUAUACAUGUAUAAAAUAUAAAAUCUCAAAUUCCUCAGUGAAACCUCUUCUCAUGCACAUUUCCUGCAUGUCUGAAUAACAAAUUGAGGGGAAAAUAUUGAUCCCAAGCCGAUCUUUUGGCAUCAAAACAUAAACGCAAAAUUCAAGACAGGAUCAGAAUGACAACAUUUUUAUGAGAUUUCCCUGUACAUGCUUGUCGUAAUGAGGUUUUGCUGUAGCGUACAUGUGUAUGUAUGUAAGGGUGAGUACAUAUGCUCACCCAGCACAUAAUAGGCCCUCAUAGUCCUCCUUUAAGUUGAAGCCAAGUCACCAUCACCCCCUUCACACAUUAAAACAAGAAAUGAUGUUGACUACUAAACAAUGUUCAGUGGACAGAACUGUCGUGGGAGCAAUUCUGAGCACAGUAGUGUGACUAUAUCUGGAAUAACAUCCAAGUUAUACAGCAGCUGUAUCCUCCUCAAAAUCCAGGAAAGAAUGCUAUUUUUCUAGGCUGGGCUUUUGUUAUAAAACCUAAUAUUCAGAAGGCAAAAGGUAUGAUCCUGAUGUGUCUUUUUCUUUCUUUUACUUGGCAUUUGUUAAUUCUGAAUGUAUUUUUAACAGAAGUGAUUUUUUUGACUUAUUAGUGUAAUUUGCAUUUUAAAAAUAAAUGGAAAAAAAAAAGAAAACCA